GAAAGUAGGAGAAAGCACCUCUUGAUUGAUUCAUAACAAGAGAGGGAAAUGAAAACCCUCCAGGCUAAGCAAAGCCGCCAUCAUCAUCUUCCACCAAUGGUUUUCGUACUUUUGAUAUAAAACAAAGAGGCGAAACUUUAAUGACAUGGAAAAUCUUGCGAUCGAUUCAAGACAACACUUCUCGUAGCUCCGUCACUCUCGCUCAUUUGCUUUAGUUUUCGAUUGCUUAAUCACAGCUUCCGCCGGAGUUGUUUCUUUUCCGGAUAAAAAUGAGUGCCUAUGUUAAUUUAGAGUUCAUUCUCAUGGAUAUUAUUCAACGUAUCAAUCCUUCAAACAGUGAUUGGACAAUGCGACUCCAAGUCAUGGAAGACCUUCGAGCUGUUGUUCGAUCUGUUGAAAACCUCCGAGGUUGUACCGUGGAGCCAUAUGGAUCGUUUGUCUCUAAUCUUUUCACUAAGUGGGGAGACUUGGAUAUUUCGAUUGAGUUGCACGAGGGUUCAUUUAUUUCAAAUCUUGGGAAGAAUAUGAAGUUGGCUUGUCUUAAAGAUUUACAGAAAGCUCUAAGAAGAAAACAAGCUGGAUGGCGUAGGUUGCAACUUAUUUCCCAUGCUAGAGUUCCUAUUCUGAAGACCGAGGCACACCCCUCCCACAUCUCUUGUGAUAUUUCAAUCAACAACCUGAGUGGGCAAAUGAAGUCCAAAUUGUUGUAUUGGAUAAAUGAGAUUGAUGGACGGUUUCGCAACAUGGUUUUACUGGUCAAAGAAUGGGCCAAAAGACAGGGUAUCAAUGACUCCAAGACUGGAACUUUAAAUUCGUAUUCUCUUAGCUUACUUGUUAUCUUUCAUUUCCAGACAUGUGUGCCUCCACUUUUACCACCUCUCAAAGAAAUUUAUCCUGGAAAUUUGGCUGUUGACUUAGCAGGUCACAGAGAGAAUGCAGAAAAACAAAUUGAAGAGAUUUGUGCUAAAAAUAUUAACCGUUUCAGAUCAGACAGGUCAAGAGCAAUAAAUCCUAUUUAUCUUUCUGACCUUUUAGUUUCUUUCUUUGCAAAGUUCUGUGACAUUGAGGUGAAGGCUUCUGUAGAAGGACUCUCCCCGUAUACUGGGCAAUGGGAAUCAAUCGCACAUAAUACAAUAUGGAUGCCCAAAACAUACGCUCUAUUUGUUGAGGACCCUUUUGAGCAGCCAGGAAAUAGUGCAAGAGCGGUUAGCACUAGACAGCUAAAAAGGAUAGGACAAGCGUUUCGAUCAACUUACGUCACUCUUAGUUCACCCAACGAAGACCGAAAUAACAUCCUUGCAACUCUAGUGAGUCCACAAGCGUAUAAUUCCUUUGAAGGUUCAGGAGCUGGGCCUAGCCAUUCUAAUAAUGGUUAUGGAAAUAGGCAGCAAAGACAUGGACCGAAUGCAGCACAACAGGUUAAUAAUAAUAAUAAUAAUCAAGUUCAAAGAACAAGGCAGGCCAGACCGGGACGACCUUUCAGACCACAACCACCACCACCACCACCUAUCAUGCAGGUACCACCACCACCACCACCACCUUCAAGUGCUCCCCAAAAUCAAGUGUGGAGACCUAGAUCUUAAAACAGUUGAUGGAUGAUGAUAUGGAUCUUACAGAAUUUGAUCAUGAAGCUACCAGCCAGUUUGGGAAUAUGUUUUUUUGGUUUUGAUGGUACCAGCUAUUAUUGUGGCCUUGGUGAUUUGUUUGUUUUUGGUCAUCUGAUUAAAUUAAGAAUUACAAAUUUCUGUUGGAUAUGCAUUAAUGUAGAGACAGAAUUCACAUUGAUUAGUAAACCUUAAAAUUGACUAGCAUAGAUAUUUUGACUAA